AAACACCUGAUCAUUUCAAAACUUCAAUCGAACUUCUUCUUUGUGCUUGAAGCCUCUGCAAUCCAAAGGAAGCCUCUGCGAGUGAUUCACCGAGCAAUCGCCGGAGAAAUAUCCGAUCUGACCCGAUCUGAUCUGCACCUACUGUGUUGGAUGUAGGAACAGGUAGUGGCAUUUUAGCAAUUUGGUCAGCUCGGGCAGGGGCAAAGAAGGUAUACGCUGUGGAAGCUACUAAAAUGGUUGAAUAUGCACGCGAGCUCAUUAAAGCAAAUAACCUUCAAGACAUUAUUGAAGUAAUCGACGGUUCAAUCAAAGAUAUAACCUUACCCGAAAAAGUUGAUGUCAUCAUCUCUGAGCGGCUGAAACCAACUGGUGUCAUGUAUCCCAGCCAUGCUCACAUGUGGUUAGCACCGAUCAGAACCGAAAUAGCCGAUCAAAAACUGGACGAUUACGAAGGAUGUAUGAACGAUUGGCACGGUAGAAUUCUUCGAAGCCGGGAGUGGAGCUUGAGUUUUGAGAAGAGCAGCGUGAACUGCUUUGAUUUUAAUAUCUGCUGAUUUUAAUAGAAAGUAUAGCAAUAGCAAUGUGUAUCGGCGAAAUACUUGGCUUUGGUGUAUCGGCAAGGAGAAAA